AUAGUAACGUUUUGAACCACAACAAAAAUAGUAAACAAAUUCCAGUAUAAAAUUUGACUUCUUUCUAAAAAAUUAUUAAAAUACCAGUGAAACAAUAAAAUUAAGAUAUGUGCGAAAUUUGGGAAAAAUAACUUUAGUGCCAAUUAUGACAAACAACGCAAGCAUUUUGCCACCUGAUAAAAAUUUUAAUGAAAUUAAAAAUAGUUACGAAAAUAUAAUUCAGAAAAUUGAACACGAACUGGAUUCCUACAAAGAGGAACAAACCAAGCUUAAGGAACAAGUUUUGAACGUUAUCGAAGUCAAUAAUCGAAUAAGUUCCCAAAUCAAUAGUAUUCAACCACAACCAGCAAUUGAUGAUAAUUGGAAAACUGAACGUGAACACGUACAGCUGACUGAUGAUGCAAUAUCAAAUUUAACCAAACAAGUGCAACACUUGAAUGAGGAACGAAGUACCAUUCAACAACUAUGGAAAACAUCUCAAGACACUAUUUCUAAUUUGGAAAUUGAAAUACAAAACUAUCGCAAACAAUUAUUUAAACCAAGUGCAUUUACUGAGAUAAAACACCAAUAUUCCACUACAAUCAAGAACCUUGAAAAUAUUAUAACAAAUCAGAAAAACGAUCUUGCCAAGCAAGCUCAAACCAUUCGUGCGUUAGGAGAAGAUAAGAUUAGAAGUAAUAAUCGUAUUAAAGAACUUCAAGCUAUAAUUCAAGAACAAGAAAACAAACUUUACGAACAUCAACAAAUGGAACAAAUCAAUACGAAUUUAAAACAAAAACUUCAAGAAGUUUUACACACUAAUUCCGAAUUGGAACUAUCAACAACAUUAGCCAAAGGUAUGAUCGAUGAACGUUUCAUUCGAGAGAAGAAUGCUUUGGAAAAGUUGCAAGAGGCAUUGCUCAUAGCUGAAACUGCUGUAGCUGAAAAAGAAGAAGCUAUUAAGCGUGAGUUGAUCAUAAAAGAAGAAUGUGAAACAUUGGCUACAACAAUUGGUCAAGUGAUGGAAGAAGCAGCACGAAAAGUUGAAAAGAAUGUUGAAACUUUGAGAGCUCAAUAUGAAGAAAAGGAAAAGGCUUUAAUAAAGAAACAUAACGAGGUCAGAAUGGAGUUGGAGAAGCAAACAAAAGCUUGUUUUUCGGCAGAAGCUCGUUGCAAGGAUAUCGAACAAAAACUUCAAGAGACCCUUAAAGAGAACCAAAGACUUGAUAAUGAACUCCAAAUUGCAUCUGAGACUUUAAUAGAAAUGGAACUUAAAAUAGAAGCCACGGGAAAUCUGCUGAAGCAAGAUAAAAAAUCUGAUAAGAUUUGUGAGAAACGAGAGCAACAAUUGCGGCAAUAUAUAGAAAAUAACCAACAAUUGAAAGAAAGAUGGAAAAACACUAUCGAAGACGUUACAAAAAAAUUUGGUAAUGAAAUUCAAAGACUUCAAAAAGAAAAUUCAAACCUCAAAGCGGAAAUACAUGCGCAACGACUGAAAGUGGAUAAAACAAAUUAUUAAGACUUUAUUGUGUU